UUCGAAGAGGCCGAAGCGGCAGUGCAAAAAGAACGAGAGGAGAUUCGCUUGAACAAAUUGAAGAAAGAUAGAAGUGAAGCCGUAUCAGCACCAGUGAAUGCUACACAUUUGCCGAAGCAAAAAGUCUACGGUUCUGGGGUUGGGAAGUAUUUGAAUCUGGAAGAAUUCAUACCAACGGUGGCGCAAAAAAGAAUCAAGGAUACAAGUGAUACUGGUCAGGAGGAAGCGGUGUUCGGUACUGCAGCAGUACAGGUGAAAAAGAAGAAGAAAGCAGUUCGGUCGGAAUUGAAAGAUUUCAGUAAAUGGUGA